AUGACAGACGCCAAUAUAGAAGCUAUUAAUAAGAAACUUCAUCAAGAAGAGGAGUGGUUGAAAAACUUUUCUUCAAAUAUAAGUAAAAGUCAGCAAAUUAAAAGUGGCAUAGAGAGUAUCAUUGAUAAUUUUCAAAGAAAGCUCAAAAGCUUAGAAGAAAAUGUCCUUCCCAUGCAUGAAGAGAAUGGAAGACUACAAGUGAAACAACACAAUAUUCAAAGACUUGUCAACACUAUCGAUGCAACAGUUCAAUUUUAUGGACGUACUCAAGAGUUGGAACUGACCAUUAGGGAUGGCAAUCCUAUGCAUAACUUGUCCAAUUACUUGGAACAUAUGGAUAGUUUAGGGCAAGCUAUUCAGUUCUUUGAGUCCAACCCUAACUAUCAGGAUAAAACAGAAAAUAUGAAAAUAACUGUUGACUCUGGAUAUACUAUACUCGAAAAUCAGUACAAGCUGUUACUGCAACGGAAUACUGUUCCUGGAGAUCCUGGAAUCAUAAUUAUAUGCUUGGAUGAUCAAUAUGAACUUAUGAGUAGCAAGGUGAAAGAGAUUGUUACUAUAAAGGAAUUAGAAGAAAUUUGCACUCUUGGAUCUUGGCUUUUGGAAAGAGGUAGAACUACAUUCCUGGGAUACUAUGCUGAUAUAAGGAGUGAAAACAUGAUGAGAUCAAUAACUUCUGUUGUUCAACAUCAUACUGCACUGACUUCUAGGCUUCAGUCGAGAUCUAUGGCGUUGAAACAUGCUUUAAAAAAGAGCAACAGAAGCGAGAAAAUUGAUAGAAAAGAAGAGCUUUGCGGGGCUGCGGAAGAAGGAGCACUGCUACUUCUGGGUUGCCUGCUAGCUCUGUUAGAGAUUGAAGAAGGGAUAAUGCAGAAAGCUAUACCGGAUACGUCAAAACAAGCACAGGUGUUCCUCAAUGUUGUGAGAAAACCUUUAGCCUUUGUUAUUCGGCAUGUUUAUCGUGUAGUACAAGAGAGUGAUAGUGGAGUAAUCCCAUUACUUCCUUUGCUCCGAUUCCUGGCUACUCAUCAAAUGCGUUUGGGAAAUUUAGCAAGAAACAGUUCUGACGAUAUUCCAUUUGAUCAAUUGAUAAGAACCAUAAGAACCAAUGCUGCUAGUUACAUCAACGAGUUUGUUGAAGGUUUACGUAACGAUGUAAAUAAGUUUGUCCCCUUGGAUGGUAACGUACAUCCUAUAACUGCCAAUACACUGAAUUUCUUGGUAACCCUGACUCUUCAUCGACAUACUGUGACUCAACAGCUUUUAUCCCUGACUGCUCCACCUGGAGAUAACCCAGCUCUUUUACUUCCAAAGCUCUUUGCUCGUAUCCUAUCAGCUUUAGGAACUUCUCUUAAACGUAAAGCUGAGAACUAUGACGACACUACCCUGUCUAAACUAUUUCUACUCAAUAAUUAUCAUUAUAUAGCCAGAACUCUUGCUGACGAAGAGGCGGCUCUCUUGCCUGUGAUUAAUGAACAGAACACCCAAAUAUUAUCUUUUUAUCAAGCUGAAAUUGAUAAAUGUGUAGAGCAAUACAUGACAAGCUGGAACCCAACCUUAUCAUACGUGUUCGGUCUCGAAAAAGUUGGAGAUGAUAAGAAUACCCUUCGUAAUAUGUUAUAUAAUUUUGUGAGAGAAUUCGAUCUCGUCUGUAAUAUACAAAGAACUUACUGUAUAACUGACGCCAAGUUGGCAUCCGAAGUCCGUGAGAGAGUCAAAAGACUACUUGUACCCAAGUUUAACGACCUCAUGGAGAGAACUAGAAGUUUUGAGAAACAAAUGAAAUAUUCCGAAGAAUCCUUCAAGAUAACGAUCGAUCGUUUGUUUGAUGUAACUGCUUAA